CUUCGUUGCCCUAAAGGUCGGGCCACCAACAGUUCGAUCUUUAUUUGCUUUUCACCGAGAAAGCAAAGGUAAAAGCCACAAGGGAAGGUUCCAAAUUCGAUUAGAACCACGCAAUCAAUGGAGAGUUUACGGUGCCUGUGCCAGUACUUGUCCAAUCACACUCAUCCAGACCAAUCUUCCAAGGACAAAGAUGGACAGUCUGAUCAUGAACCUCAGACUUCUUCUCUUUUCUUGGAUUCACCUCCGAUCUCGUCCAGGUCCUCUCUCUUUUGUGAGGCUCUUCACAUACAAGGAUAUAAAGAGGGCAACAGAUGAUUUCCGCAGAAUCAUUGAUAAUUCGUCACAAGGGGCUGCUUAUAAAGCCAAAUUUCAAAAUGGUCAUGUUGCUCUGGUGAAAGAAGUAAGAGUUUUCAGUGAACAAGAACAUGAGUUCUACAAAGAAGUACAACUCUUGGGGUGCUUACAUCAUCGCCACAUUGUUGCACUUAGUGGGUUUUCCACAGGGCAUAAGAGGUUCCUAGUAUUUGAAAAUAUAGAAAAUGGAAGCCUGAAGGAGCAUCUGAGUGAUCCUCUACGGACUCCCUUGAAUUGGAGGACAAGGCUACAAAUAAUCAUCGGCGUGUCAGCUGCAUUGGAGUAUUUGCAUUUCUUCUGCGACCCUCCAAUAUACCAUGUCUCCAUCAGUUCGAAUACCAUCAUGUUAGAUGAGAACUUUACCGCAAAGCUUGCUGAUGUUGGUGUUCUUAGUUCUGGUGGAAAUCGUGUUCCACUACCUCACUCUUUAUGUUCAGAAGAAUGUGUAGGUCAGGUAUGCAGACACAUAAUCUACCAGCUUGGCUUGCUGAUCCUCGAGCUAAUCACUGGUCAGUCAUCUGAGGGAGGUAUUGAUUUAAUCCAAUGGGUCCAAGAGUCUAACUUUCCAAAAUCGAUACAUAAGAUGAUAGACCCAGAUCUUGGAAAUAGUUAUGAUGCUAUAGAGCUGAAAGGACUUUUAGCUGUAGCAAUGGUUUGUAUUAAAACCACGGACAAGCCAACAAUUUCCAUUCAACAUAUAUUACGCUAUCUCCAGAAGAAGGUAGGUAUGGUACGAAAUACGUAUUGAAUAGAAAUCUAUGCUACCAAGUACAAAAUUUGCAUGUUAGUUAGAAAUCUAGCUGAUUGCUUUGUGUUUUUUACCACCUUAGUUCCACAGUGGUGGUUUCUUUUGCCCCUGUAAAUUUGUUGAGAUUUGGGUGACUUCUGGUUUGUUAAUUUGCGAUUGGCUGCCAAGCUAAGAUCUCUCCAACAAGAG